GAAAACAUGGACUAAUUUGUUCUGAUUCAUAAUGGGAUUAUUAAGACUUUCUUUUUUGCUCUGUAUAUUUUGCAUCUUUUCAGUUGUAGGUUUUGGGGUCGAUCCCGCUUUGCGCAUCAACGUUUUCGAUGAAAUUAAGCUUGGCGAGUCCUUUGCUGGAGUUUCCCAAGUUCAAGGCUUCCACAACGAGAGCAGAGCCUUUUUGUUCCAAGGUACGGAGAGGAAUUUGAAAGCUCCUGCUGAUGCGGCCGAGCGGAUGCUGGAGAAGCUGAGGAACAGGAAUGAAUUCACCGUCCUGGUUACGCUGAAGCAGGAGCAGCUCAAUUCUGGAGUCAUCCUCUCCAUCCAUCACGCAAAACAGAGAUUUCUGGAGCUGGAGAGCAGCGGUCAGCGCAAUGAGAUCCGGCUGCACUACCGCACCCGGAGCCAGCAGCCGCACAGCGAGAUCUUUCCCUACACCCUGGCAGACAACCAGUGGCACAAGGUGUCCGUCGCCUUGAGUGCCUCCCACAUCCUGCUGCACGUGGACUGCAACAGGAUUUAUGAAAGAGUGGUGGAGACACCGAGCAUGGAUAUACCCAGAGAGGCAUCCUUUUGGCUUGGACAAAGAAACGGCGCGCAUGGCUUCUUUAAGGGGAUAAUGCAGGAUGUUCAGUUGCUUGUUAUGCCUCAAGGAUUUAUAACCCAAUGCCCAGACCUGAACCGCACUUGCCCUACUUGCAAUGACUUUCAUGGACUUGUCCAAAAGAUAAUGGAAUUGCAGGACAUCUUAGCCAAAACAUCCAGCAAGCUGUCCAGGGCAGAGGAGAAAAUGAAUGGCCUGGACAGAUGCUAUUGUGAGAGGACCUGCAGCAUGAAGGGGGAGGUGUACAGGGAGGGCGAGUCGUGGACAGAUGGCUGCAGGAACUGCACUUGCACGAACGGGACUGUGCAUUGUGAGACCGUUUCCUGUCCCCCUCUUCGCUGCCCCCCAGACUCCGCUCCCGCCUACAUGGAAGGAGCAUGCUGCAAAAUAUGCCAGAGUGUAUGCUUGUUCAGAGGGAGAGUGUACGUGGAGGGUGAAAAGAAAGCCGUACGAGACUCUACAGGAAAGUGUUUACUGCUGAAAUGCAGGGACAGGAGGAUGCAUCGGGUGGAGAGCACACCCUGUCCUGACCUGAGCUGCCCUGAGUCCGAGCAGAUAACCCUGACCGAUAGAUGCUGCAAAGUCUGUAAAGGCCAUGAUUUCUGUGCCGAGGGCCACGGCUGCCUGGAGAACUCUGACUGCGUCAACCUGGAGGCCGGAUCCUGCUGCAGCUGUAAGGAUGGCUACCGAGCGCUUCGAGACGACAGCGCCUACUGUGAAGAUGUGGACGAGUGCGCGGAGGGGAAGCACUACUGCAGGGAGAACACGGUGUGCAUGAACACCCCGGGCUCCUUCAUGUGCAUCUGCCGGAGCGGCUACAUCAGGAUCGAUGACUACUCCUGCACAGAGCAUGACGAAUGCGCGACCGGGCAGCACAGCUGUGACGAGAAUGCGCUGUGUUUCAACACCGUGGGGGGCCACAGCUGCUCCUGCAAGCCCGGCUUCUCGGGGAACGGGACGCACUGCAAAGUUUUGUGCGAUGGCAUGUGCCAAAAUGGAGGCACCUGUGUUUCUCCCAACACCUGCGUCUGCCAACAAGGAUUUACAGGGGAGAGGUGUGAAACAGACAUUGACGAAUGCGCCGACGGCUUUGUGGAGUGUGACAGCAGAGCCACCUGCAUGAACCUGCCAGGCUGGUACCACUGCGAGUGUCGGGACGGCUACCACGACAACGGGCUGUUCUCACCCAACGGGGAGUCCUGCGAAGACAUCGAUGAAUGCGGCACUGGGAGAAACAGCUGUGCCAAUGACACCGUUUGCUUCAACCUGGAUGGUGGAUAUGACUGCAGGUGUCCCCAUGGGAAGAACUGCACAGGGGACUGCAUCCACGACAACAAAGUGAAGCACCAGGGCCAGAUCUGGGUCCUGGAGAACGACAGGUGCUCUGUGUGCUCCUGUCAGAGCGGGCUGGUCAUGUGCCGCAGGAUGGUGUGCGACUGCGAGAACCCCACGGUGGACCUCUUCUGCUGCCCGGAGUGCGACCCUCGUCUCAGCAGCCAGUGCCUGCAUCAGAACGGGCUGCGGGCGUACGGCAGCGGGGACACCUGGGUGGAGAACUGCCAGCAGUGCCAGUGUGUGCAAGGUGAAGUGGACUGCUGGCCCCUGUCCUGCCCACCCGUGGACUGCGAGUUCACAGUGGUCCCCGAGGGAGAGUGCUGUGCUCGCUGUGUCACUGACCCCUGCCAGGCUGACACCAUCCGCAAUGACAUCACUAAGACCUGCACGGACGAGCACGGCGUCGUGCGCUUCAGCGGGUCCUCCUGGAUCAAACACGGCACAGAGUGCACCCUCUGCCAGUGCAAGAACGGACACGUCUGUUGCUCAGUGGACCCCCUGUGCCUCUAGUAGCAGGAAGAAGAUCUCAAGGCUUUGUACAGUGCUGUCCCGAACAACUGCGCCCCACAUUCACAAACUUCUUUAUACCAAAUACAAGUAUGUAUCAAAGCGAACAGAUAAUGGACUGCCCACUGACUCCCCUAUGUGUCCAUUGUCACGGCUCCAGGCAGCCACCUGCAUUGAGGAAAGCUCAUCUUAAACAUGACUCUGUAAAAAAAAGUGCGUAUACUGGCAUGACUGUACUCAGUGCUGACCAUUGGCUGGUUUGUAAUAUUUUCAAUUGUAAAGGAUUUUCGGUGUCCUGAAUAGUGAUGGUUCCACGUGUUUCCUACAUUUUGAAAGUCGUCUGUAUUAUGUUGCUUGGCAGCAGUUUGUUCAUUUCUUGUUUAA